AUGCUGGAUCACCAGGAGAGAAGGAAAUCCUGGAAAAGUAAUUUAAAAUUUACUAAAGGUGAGAAGGGAGAUCCAGGAAGUACCGGGUUACAAGGUAUAAAAGGUGAAAAAGGAGAAUCUGACGCUCAUGCAAACGAUGAAAUAUUUUUGUCUACAUGGAAGCAAUGUGCUUGGCGGAGAGAGGACGGGAAAGAUCAUGGAUUGAUACAGAACUGUUUAUUCACGAAAAAGUUUGACAACACCUCCCUUCAAGUGUUUUAUGGAGGAACCUUGCGAAUUCAUGGGUGCAAUAAUUGUUGCAAACGUUGGCAUUUUACUUUCAAUGGAGUUGAAUGUAAAAACCCUCUUCCUAUUGAUGGAGUUUUUUACAUGGCCAAUGGAAAGUCACAAGAUAUCCAUCGACAUCGUCACAUUGAAGGAUAUUGUAACAAAAUCCAUAAAGGAAAAGUGCAAGUUGGAUUCCGGGUCGGCAAUUGUGCUGGUUAUGGUAACGCAGAUGCAUUCAGUGGAUGGAAAUCAGUUUCUCGUAUUGUUAUUAAAGAGGUUCCUCCUCCACAAGAAUAAUUCUUUAUUCACUUUUCUAUUUAACUCUAUUUUAUGUUAAAGCUUCCGUUUAGUUAAAAUCCAUGUGUAUUUUAUGACAAUAAUUCAGUUUUGUAAAUUUAUCGAGUUGGAAAUAGUCCAACAAAAAAGCGUUUGAAAGUAA